AUGCCGGGCUCCUCCCUCUGGCUCGUCCCCCCACCAACCCACCCCCUCCACGACAUCCUCACCACCCUCAUCACCCGCACCCUGCCCGCCCGCUUCCCACUCGAAACAUCCUCCUCGCCCGCCGUGGCGCCGCACUUCUUUGCGCCACACGUCACACUCACAAGCGAGAUCGCGCCGGCGCAGUACAACGACAACGGCGGGCCGCAGGCGUGGUUGGACUCGCUGCCAUUCCCUUCUUCUUCUUCUUCUUCUUCUUCUUCUUCUGAUGGGGCGGAAGGGGAAGGAGAAGGAGGGAGCGGGAGCAGUUGUCGGGCGAGGAUUCGGUUUGAGCGGGUGGUCAGCCAGGACGUGUUUUUCCGGCGGUGUUUUGUCAGGGUUGGGUGGGACGAGGGGGUGAGGGUGCUGGCGGGGAUCGCGAGGGCGAAGGGGGUGCUGGGAGAGGAGGUGGAGGUGCUGCCCGGUGGGCGGGUGAGGUUGCAGGAGGGGACGGAGAGGUGGUUGAGUGAGUGGCGAGAAGCGUACGGGCCGCACCUCAGCCUGAUGUAG